AUGGCUUCCUCUGCUUCAAAGCCCAAGCCUACCGUGCCCAUUGCACUCCCCACCGAGUCUAUCGAUGACCUCAUCUACGAUGCCCGCGCAGGUGAUCUGGAGGCCUUGAAGGCCGAUGUCGCCAGUCUUGCCUCUCAAAAUAGCUGCUCCGAGGCUCAGAUUGUCGCAUCUGCUAUCGACAUCGAGGACGAGAGCGAGGGAGGCACUGGAUCUUGCGUGUUGCAUUUCCCUGCCGCCAACGGCAACAUUGAAAUCCUCAGCUUUCUUCUUCAGAAGCUCUCCGCUGGAGACGUUGCCCUGCGCACGACUUUCAUCAACCACACUAACCACUCCGGUAACACACCGCUGCACUGGGCUGCCCUGAACACGCACCUGGAGUGUGUCAAGGCUCUUGUCGAAGCUGGUGCGGACGUUGCUAUCAAGAACGAUGCCGGCCACGAUGCCGUGUUCUUGGCUGAGCGCGCUGCUUGGUCUGCCUCUGCGGAAGUUGUCGAGGAGAAUGAGAACGGAGACCAGGAGAUUGAGAUGACUAUCGGCGAAGGUGAAGGUGAGGGUGAGGGCGAGGGCCAGCAGUCGGCUGGUGAGAUGUCUGCAGGCAGACAGGUUGUCGAGUGGCUUCUCAGCUCGGAGAAGUCUGCUGGUCUGGAGAGUGGUGCCAAGGAGGGUGAGAGCUCUGCAUAA